AUGGCCAGUUGGGAUCUGCUUGACGAGCGAAGCGAGACGGAACUUCACAAGGCGCGUCUCCUUAAUGUGGAAGAGAAGCCAUUCAAGAGAAUUACAAAGCGACUGAGCACGGUAUCAUCAAUAGUAUCAAAAAUUACAAACGAGGAGGAGCAAUCCGCGACGACAGCACCCAAUACAGAACAGCUCCGGGAAGACUUGACGCUCGACUUUGCCGCCUUUGACAGCAGCAUCGCGCGACUACAAUUUCUCCACGACGCCAAUGAGCGCGAAAGAACGCGAUACGACAACGACAAACAAAGAAUAUUGGACGAGUGUCAAGCCGUUCGCGCGAAGAAUGCCGAGCUCCGCGAGCAGCUGGAUGGCGCCCGGGCGAAGCUCGCACAGCGCAAAAAGUUUGAUGAGCUGGCGGACAAGAUUACCAGUAACAGACUGCUACGCCCGCGUGAGGAUCAGCUGGCCAACCUCGCCAAGUUGGAGGAGGAGUGCCGCGAGCUGGAGCGCGAAAGUGAGACGUACACGGGGACUUGGAAGGAGCGUCGCGACCAGUUUAACAGAAUCAUGGAUGAGGGAAUGCUGCUCAGACGGCAGAUUCGAGACGAAAAGGAAGAGGUGGACAGGAGAGAGGGCAUGAACGAGGGCACAGAGGAUGACGGCGCACCGACGCCCAGACCUGAUCUGAACGGGAGUGCCACGCCACGGCCGGAAGGCGAUGGGCAACACAAGGACGACGACGAAGGCGUCAAGGGCGAGAAUGGCUCUGCGGCUACGCCGGCAGGGGAGCACUUGCAAGUUCCACGUCUGGGAAGCGGCCGGGGGUCCAAGAAUGCCAGUGCUGCUGCUAGUACUACUGCGACACCAAAGCCAGAGCAAGAAGAAAUUGACCGCGAAGAUGAUGAUGGGGAUGACGGAGAGGUGUCUGGCGAAGAUGUGGAUAUGGAUGGGCAUGAUUCGGAUGGUGCAACUGAAGCAGGAAAUGAAAGAAUGGAAGUUGACGAGUAG